AUGCCCAGUAAUAACUUUCAUACAAGCCGACCUUGUGAUAGGGGGCAGGACGCACGUGACAGCGGGGAGGCGCCGGCGGCGGCGGUGGCGGCGGGGCGGGGGUGGCGAGGCGGAGGCGGCGUGGAAGUCCGCGCAUGCGGGAUCCGCUCAGUCGAGUGGUCGCGUGGGCCCGGACAGGUACGCGAACCGGGCGCCACAGCUGCUGCCGCCGCCGCCGCCACCGCCGUCCUCGCCACCUCCGACAACCGCACUUCCACCCCUGGCCAACAGCGUCGCCCCUUCCACCAACGUAGUCGGCGUCAGUCCACACCGUCGGCGCUGUCAUCCGCCCUCGCCUUCCUCCCGUCGCCGUCUUCGCCACCUCCGUCGCCGCCGUCGCGCGAGGCAGCUGCACCAGAGGCCGUGCAGUCGAGACGCACCGCGUCGCGGCCGCCUGAAGUCUCGCGAAGAACCGUUCUCCCCGUGUCCUCCGCGCAGCCGCUGCCUCAGAUCAUUUAA